UGUAUUGACUUGUGAAGUUGUGAGUAAUUUUGUUGUCUAGGGAUUUUUUUUCGAGAAUUUUUUUCCCGGUAAUCUUAUAAUUCAUUAUCACUUAUCAGGUGCUUUAUCAAACAAUAUCAUUAUCGCUUAUGAACUAGAAGAAGAUAGUAACUAAAUAAUGAUGGUUUGAAUUUCAACUCGAUAACACGAUAACUGCAGCUGCCUGUAGGUUUUACUCCAAAGUCCAGCCGCUCUUUAAUUUUGUUGUUGAUCGACAAGUAAGAACCGUUAAUUAGAUUAAUGUAUUUAUUGGCCUGCUAGAUUUUCUAUAUCAUCGAAAAAUUAUAUGUCACUUAUUCGUGAAAUGGAAGACGAGGUUGAAAUACGCAAGAUCCAGGGGUUAGAACUAAUAUUGAAAUCAAUAAAUUGUGAAAAGUAUAUAUCCAAAUUCAAAAAUCAUGGAAUUAAUGAACAUACGUUAAUUCUUUUGUCAGCGGAUGAUCUCAGGAGCCUGGAUGUUGAUAAUAAGGACAUUUCUACUAUAUUGAGUGCAAUAAAUAUACUCAAUAAAACAUUAAAGCACAGUGAAAUAAGAUUAUCAAAUGAUGAAGUUCAACAAAUACAAUCCAGCAUUUGUGGGCAACUUGGAUAUAUUGCUUUAACUUUAAGUCAAGUGCAUAAUUCAAUCACUAGCGAUAAAAAUAAUUUAGGUGACAUGUUAAUUGAUAACCAUAUAUCAGCAAUUGAUGCUGCUUUAAUGUUAAAGCCGUAUAUGAGAGCAGAAGAAAAAAGCAUUGAAAAUUCAUUAAAAAGUGUUUUUAAGAUUACAACAAAAAGAAAAACUAUCAUAAUUACAACGACAAUGUGUAUGGUCCUUAUAUUUGGCCUUACAUUUCGACGUCUAAAUUAUUCAUUCAACUUUAAUAAUAUAUUCUAAAAUGUAAUAUCCCACAAUUUGGAGUUUUGUAUUAUUUCAAUGUUGUAUAAUUUCAUAAUAUUAUUUAUAUUAUUCUUAAAAGUAAAGACUAUUUUUUAAAUCCCUUAAUUUAAUUCGAUUUUUAUUUGUAUCAAAAGUUUAACUACUACAUUUUACACUUUAAGUUUUUGUUGAAAGUUGAAAGCAUGAAAAUGUAAUAAUAAUAAAUAAUCUUGUUCUUAAAAUAUUUUUCUCAAUCCUCCUCUUUCGGAUUUAUACAAAAAUUAAUCAUAAAAUGACAGGUUACUGAGGUUUGAUAUUUGGUACUUGUUUUAUUUUAGUAAACAAUAAUGAUGUACUGGUGUAUUAUUUUAAUCUUUAAAUAAUAAAUUGUUGCAUUUAAAAAUAUUAAACUUAGUGGCACUGUGAAACCAUUAGUUGGAAUUGCAUUAUAAUCUUUCGAUGACUA